UUUUAGUUGUAUAUUGUUCUAUUUAAAAAAAAUGUCGGUCAUAUCCAGUCCUGUACUCAAUGAUCGUUACGUAAUUAAUAAGAAAUUAGGAUCCGGAUCAUUUGGAUUUGUUUAUUCGGGUGAGGAUCGAGAAAAUGUAUUCCAUAUGAUUGCCAUUAAAAUCGAAAAAUUUAAUUCUAAUGAAACAAAUUCUUAUCAUCUUAAUAAUGAAUAUAAUGUUUAUCGUUUUCUAAAAAAUUAUCAUGGUUUUGCUCAAUUUUAUGUCUAUCAAAAAUCGCUUUAUCAUGGCCCAAGUUUCAUUGUUAUUGAACAAUUAUAUAGGAAUUUGAAUCAAUUAUUCGAUAUGUGUAAUCAACGAUUCACGUUGGAUACAAUAUUGGAAAUUGCCAUACAAAUUAUAACCAGAAUUGAAACAUUGCAUUCCAUUGGCUUUGUUCAUAGAGAUAUAAAGCCAGAAAAUUUUAUGAUUGGAUUUCCAAAAUCCAAACAAUAUCGAACUAUUCAUCUAAUUGAUUUUGGCUUAUGUAAACGUUAUCGUAAUCCACAUACAAUGGAACAUUUUUCGCCUAGUAGCCAUGAUCGUAUGGUUGGAUCGGUUUUAUUCAUGAGCUGUAAUUCACAUUUUCAAUUGAAACAAUCUAGACGCGAUGAUAUUGAAUCAUUGGCAUAUUUAUUGUUAUAUUUUUUGAAUGGAAAAAAUUUACCAUGGUCUUUUGGUUCUGGCAACAAUCUUGCCAAAAACAAUCCAUUAGAACAUUGUCGAAAAGUUGGCUCAAUGAAACAAUCAUUGACAUCAGAUCAAUUGUUUGAAAAUCAUUUAAAAGUAUUUGCCAAUUUACUCAGGUAAAAAAGUAU